AUGAAUCGUCCGCCACUCAAUCGUUCCGGGUCAGUGUUCCAAUAUCAAACCUUCGGGAGUCAAGACUUUCAGUACCAGACUUUUGAUUUGAAGGAUGGCAAAUCUAUCCUUCGUCCCAUCGUCCCGCGCGAGCGUAUUCUCUUCAGUGAGAUUCAUCAUGCUGACGAUGCUGAAAAGUCUGGUGUCGAUGAAGGUGAAGGAGAUACCAAGGACACGAGACCUCCGACACCAAUACAGCAACCCGAGCAAGACACCGAUCCGGUUGAGGUUAUAGAUUUGGGCGAUGCAGAUCAGGAUAAUGCCGACCCCGAUGCAGCGGGUGAUGCCCCAGCAAUUGAUGAAGCUGCCACUGAAGCUGAGACGCCUGCUGCAGAUCCAGCGCCAGCCCCGGAAGAUCAGACGGCCGCACCACCUGAAGAGCCCACUGAGCCUACAGUAGACCCGACGCCCGCCGACGGUAGCACCAAUGAAUUACAAACUGACAAUGCGGGCGAUUCAGCACCUCCGCCAGAAGAUUCAGAGCCGCCCGUCGCGGACGACGAACCACCACAGGCUGAUACGGCCGAGCAUACACCAGAAGCUAACGAUUCACCGCCUGUGACGGAGGAGGCCCCUUCGACAACAGAUGCAGCCGCCCCUGAGGAUGCCCCACCACCAGAACAACUCGCCUCCGCCCCGGCCGAGGAUCCAACACCACCUGCAGAGCCUGAAGCGCCCAAAGAAGCCGGCGAAGAAGAGUUUGAGAUGCCGAUCAGGAGAUUAAAGAAGAGGGGCACUAAAGUCGCUGCCCUUGCCCAGAAUUUCGAGAAAGACGAGCCAUCAAGCCCUGAGCCAGUGCCAAAAGCCGAGCCGCAAGUAGAGGCUGAAGCCGCGGGAGAGGCACCUACUGAGCCGGUUCCUGAACCUAAUCCCGAGCCCGCCGUUGAGGCGGCGCCGGAGGGUGGUGAUGAUGCCGCCCCAGAAGCAGCACCCGCCGAGGAAGCUGACCAGAACCCUCCUGAACCUGAAGCAAAUGAGGCUGCUGAAGCAGACAACAAGGCCGCAGAACCUUCAGACGAGCCGCCAGUCCAGCCUGUCGCUGACGCAGAAGCUGUGCCCGUAGAGGAUGGCUCUGCUGGAGAUGCCGACGCUGACGCCACUGUAGAUGCUGACUCGGAGCCCGCUGGAGACGCAGCGCCGCACGAAGAAACUCCAGCAGCAGAUGAGGAACACGCGGAAGGGCCGGAAAGUUCUAAGGCGCUAGAGGACGACGUUCCGGACAACUGGAAUGACGAGCCUUUACCCGUCGAUGAUGAAAAGCCAACGGAACCCGUCGGGGAGCCCGCAGAAUCCGAGGAACAUGCCCCUACAGAUGCUCCCGACGUAGCAGCAGUAGAGGAAAUUGCUCCGGAAGAGGCAGCCACUGAGCCUGCCAAUCCUGACGACCAGAACACCAAUGAGACGGGGGAUGCGGGCGCCGAUGAAGUCAAAGAGGCAGAGCCUGAAGCUGAAGACGCCGUCGAAGCUCCUGCUGGAGAAGCCGUUGGCGAAGCAGACACUGCCCAAUCACCAGGCGAUGAUCCACCCGUCGAAGAACCUGCCGCUGCCGCUGCUGACGAUGGAGUGUCUACAGAAGCAGCCGCACCUGUUGAGCCGGAGGCAGAUAACACUGACAAGCAAGAUGAGGGAGCUCCAGCCCCUGAUGUCGCUCAUGAGGAUGGGUCGGCAGAAGAUGCACCGACUGAGGACGCGCCUGUUGAGGAUGCGCCCGCUGCAGAUCCAUCUGCGGAUGAAGCAAAAGAGGCUGAUGAUGGCGGAGCUGAACCCGCGGGCGAUGCGCCUCCAGACGACGUAGCCGCGGACGCAAAAGAAGACGAUGACGCGCCGGCGGAGGCCACAGCUGCGGAUGAUCCACCGGCAGAGGCUGAGCCUGCCCCUGAAGAUACACCCGCUGAAGAUGCGACAGCUGGAAGCGAUGCCGGCCCCCAGGACGUUCCAGCAGAUGAUGCCCCUCCUGCUGAAGACGCUCCCUCAGCGGAAGACGCGCCCCCAACGGAAGACGCUUCCCCCACCGAAGACGCUUCCCCCACCGAAGACGCCCCCCCGACCGAAGACGCCCCCCCGGCAGAAGACGCCCCGGCAGAAGACGCCCUGGCAGAAGACAUCGCAGUCGAAGACGCGCCCAGCCCGGACACCGACACCGCAAUCGCAGCCGGCGUCGGGGCAGCAGCAGCAGCAGCGGCCGCAGCCGCAACGGUCGCCGGCUCAUCCUCAUCGCAUCGGCGCCGCCGCCGCCACCGACGCGACUCGCACACCACCUCGCAAGGCUAUGUAGAGCGCGAGCGGCGCAAUUCAGACUCGCUCAACGGGCAUCGCACGCGACUAGAGCGGCACAAGGACGAAAAGGGCUUGUUUACGAACCAGUAUGGCCGGGCGAUUGAUAAGUUGAGGUCGAAGCAGGAGGAGAGGCAUAAAACGAAGGAGUAUAGGGACAUGGUGCGGGAGAGGGAGGAGAGGCAUGCUAGGAGGAGGGAGGAGAGGAGGCAGAGGGAGGAGGAGGAGAGGAGGAGGGAGGAGGAGGAAAGGAGAGAGGAGCUGGAGAGGGAGGAGCUGGAGAGGAGAAGGAGGAAGAGGGAAGAAAGGAGGAGGCGGGAGGAGGUGGAGGGCGCUCCUGGGAGCGAGGGGAGGCGUAGGCCGAGUUUUACUGGUAGCGGGCAUUCGGGGGGGAGUUGGAGGGAUGGUGGGCCGAAGCUGGGUCUAUUGAAGAGGAUGACGACGGGAGAGAGUGAUACGGGGAAGGGGAGAUUGUUCUUCAUAAAGUUUAACGAGAGCGUGAUUGGUGGUGGCGAGGAAGAGGGAGAGGAAGAAAGGCGUGGACACGGGAUGAGAACGGACAAGGAUGUCAAGGGGAAGGGCAAGGAGAGAGAGCAGGACAGUAAUAUGCGCAGUGGGCGCAGCGACAGAGAUCGCAGGCGUGAAAAGAGGUAUCAAGAGAGAGAUGUGGCGCCGAUUGUGAAAGUUGCGAGGGCCAUCAGGGACGUGCUUGUAAGUUGA